ACAUUCCAGCCAAUUAAAAUACAUUUAAAGUGCAGCUGGUGGAGCGGCAAGCCCUGCGAGGGUGCAGAGAACUUCGGGGCAGUGAGACAAAAACAAACUUCGUAGAACCCAGCACGGGCAGCCCGGCAAGGCACUUGGGGGAAGUGGAGAAAGUCAUAAAAAGAGGCUAUCUUUAGCUCCUGUCAGAAUCAAAGAUGACACUCUGAGCACCACCUUAAAAGACACAAAAGAGGGGGAGCAUGUUUGUUAGGGUGUCAGUUUUCUCCCCUCAGCCUCUGGAAACCCUGUGAGCUGGCGGCUUGCCCACUGUGAUGCUGCAUACAAAUAUUGACAGAACACAGCAGUGUUUGUUAAACCCGGAGUGGGGAAGCCAGUGAUUAAAACUCGAAGGAAGAUCUGAAAACCCCAGGAACUCUCCUCAAUAAUGUUAGAACAUUGACUGAAUGAAAGAGAAAACCCCGAGUGGGCUAAAGGGAAACACUCAACGUCCCUGUCUGCUAUGCCUUUUCGUGACCCUGGAAACAGACGGGGAUUUCUUAUAAAUCACAAAGGAAAUAAAUAAUCUCACCCAUGGAGGGAAAGAGACAGCUCGACAAAAGGGACUUUGGAAAAAGGCUAUCUCUAGACAGCAGUCUUGUGGAAUACAUGGACUCCAAUAAAUACAUCGAGCAUCUGCUGACUCAACUUGAGGAGCAACACAGAAGUCUCUGGAGGGAGAAGUUGGCUGUGGCCCGACUGCAGCGGGAAGUUACCCAAAGAAGAAAUGAGGGAGUCAUGCAUGAGAAGCUGAUACACGAAUUGGAAGAAGAGAGACACUUGCGUCUUCAAAGUGAGAAUCGGUUGCGGGAGGUGACGCUGGAGUCUGAGCACAACAGAAUCCAGAUGCGGGAGCUGCAACAGCAGUUCUCCAGGAUGGAAGAAACAGUACGAAAUCUAUUGCAAAGUCAAGGACCUCCAGAGCAGAAAAAAGAAGAAAGCGGGACUAUAAUGUUCUAUCAGGAAGAACUGUCAGAGGAAGAGAGAAAACACAAAGAUGCUUUGGAAGAUCUCCACAUGGUGGUAGAUGAGGAUUCAAGGAGUGAAAGCAGUGGCACAGAUGAUGGAAAAGAAAAGACCAGAUUGCUGUUAGAGCGAUUGAAAGCUCUAGAGGCAGAGAAUUCAGCACUGGCUUUGGAAAACGAAAAUCAAAGGGAACAGUAUGAGAGAUGUCUUGAUGAGGUAGCCAACCAAGUUGUUCAAGCUCUGCUCACUCAAAAGGAUCUAAGGGAGGAAUGUGUGAAGUUGAAAACAAGAGUGUUUGAUUUGGAGCAACAGAAUCGAACCUUAAGUAUCUUAUUCCAGCAGCGAGUCCGACCAACUUCUGACCUGCUCCUUCAGAAACUUCAGUCCCACAUCUUAGAUCUUUCAUCCAGAGAUUUGCUUUCCGAGGUGGAAAGUUGCAGAAGUCUGACUCAGUCACGAGCUGAUAUUGAGAGUCACGAACGCCAGCAGAAUGCAAAAUCAGGAGCCUCUGGUUUGAAAUGCUCUGGCUUGGGAGUUGCUGUCCCUGGUCAUCUCUGUCCUCGAAACAGUUGCAGUAGCAGUGAACUCUCUCUGUCAAGCACCUGCAGUGAGUACUCCAGCAGCUCCUCCUACACAUGGCACGAUGGGAAGACCUUCAGGAAAAGGCCAUCAGCACAAAACUGGGAUAAGAGGCUGAGUAUUGGUUCUUCACUCCCAAGUGGUUUUGCUAGUCCUACAGAUGAACUACCUCCAACACGUAUAAAGGAAAGUCACAUUUUGGAAGGACUAAGAAAGCUACAGAAGCGAAAAGUGUUACUUGAACCUCCCUCAGUGAUAACCAAAUGGGGUUACAAAGAUUGCAUGAACUCAAAUGAAGGAAUAUAUUCUCCAGGAAUUAAGUGCAGCAGCCUCAAGGAGUAUCCCCCCUACAAACCAACUGGCCAGGGGAGCCCCUGCAAGGAGUGCCGUAAGGCAUUUGUUGAUGAUACAGAUUCACAAGAAGAUGCCGAGGACAGCUCUUCUUCCUUAGUAUUACUCCAAGCAGCUCCAAACCAGGGCUACAGCCUGCAUGGUAGCAAAUUACCCCACAGUGCUUCUGACAGUCUCGUUGCCUGGGAGCUCAAAGGAAGACACGUUUCAGAAGGCACUUCCUCAGUUUAUCCCAGAGAAAGGCCUGAGAAGCUGACUAGUUGUUCCAGCAACUGUCCCUUGGAGAGGAAGCUAUGCAUGAGUGUGCAGGUGCCUCGGAGGCAGAGUGAGCGAGAGCAGCCCGGCCAGGGUGGCGCAGAUGUCAAUCUCCAGCUUUCUGACACUGAUGACAAUGAGACCCUCGAUGAGUUGCACAUAGAGAGUAGUGAUGAGAAAAGCCCUUCAGACUUGUCUUUGACUGCUGAUACUGACAUGUCCAUGGAGAACCUGGACAUCCUCAUGGGACUCGGGAAAUCACAGGUUGGGACUCCCAAUGAGGAGGAAAAACAAGUGCCCAUCCACUUAGAGAGUAGGCCAAAGACGUUUAGCUUCAUUAAGCAGCAAAGGGUUGUAAAAAGAACUUCUUCCGAAGAAUGUAUUACUGUUAUAUUUGAUGCAGAAGAUGGUGAACCCAUUGAAUUCAGCUCUCAUCAGACUGGAGUUGUCACUGUUACUAGAAAUGAAAUUUCCAUCAAUCAGGCCCCUACUGGACCCAAGGCAGAGCAUGCUGAACUUUUACCUCAGGGAAUUGCUCACUUCCAGCCAGGAGCUGAUGCAAGAGACUACACUUUCUUAAAGAGAUCCGAAGAAGAAACCAGGAAAAACAUUCCAAAAGAUAUGGUAGAUAAUGUUCCCAUGACACCCGCUGAAUCUUUCAGCCCCAGGACAGUAGUAGCAAAUACUCAGCGCCAGAAGCUAGCCAGACCAACACACAGUGUGUCAUGCCAGAAUAAUUCCAGGUCUUCAGUGUCGAUGGGAAUCUAUCAAAAGCAAAGUCUGACAAAAAUUCCUGCCAGGGGCGUGUCUUCACCUCAGAAAUCAAAAAUAUUGGAGCCCGAAACCUCCUCGGUAGUUCUCUCAUCUGGCUCAGGGACACCUGAAAAAGCACCAGCCUUAGCUCCUGGGAAGCUCUCCCGGUUCAAGAGUCCCGAGAGUGCCACAUAUCUCUUUGAUUUACGCCCAGAUUCACACAUUCCGAAACAUCCCACCCACCUUCCUCACAGUUCAAAAAUGCCCAGCAGAAGGGAUUGGACCCGGUGCUCCAAGAGUCAGAGCCCAGGGUCGCGGUUGCUGGCAAGGCCCCUUGUUGAGCCCAGUGACGCCGGGGAGGCCCCCACAAGGGAUAAACGCUGUGACUCAGGGCCAGAGGCAGGGGUCAGGUCACCUUUGCCCCCACCCCCUCCAGGCAGGUCAGUCUCCCUACUAACCAGGCCCACCUAUGAAUACUCGCCACCUUCUCCAUCUGCCAAGCCCGAGACCAGGAUCCCCAAGGAGAUAGCUACAACGGCGUUCAAAUCCUCCCCUCUGAAAGGAUCCUCAGCUCCUGUGGUUUCUAAUCAGGCUGUGACUGAAGUACAUGGGAAGAAACUUUCCAUGGCCUUCAGAAGGCCUGUCUUCACUCACCCUCUGCCUGCACCCUCCACAGACACAGUGAAUCAGACCAGAUACCCUGCUCACCCCCAUUCCAGCUCAUUUUCCAUGAUGGCUCCAGGGCCUCCAAAGGUCUCUCCAAAAAGAGGUGUUCCCAAAACCUCUCCUCACCAAACACCUGGGGCCACACAGACAGACACCGGGUUAUGGACUCCCAAGUACUCUCCUCUAACCUGUGAGCCACUGGAAAUCUUGCCUUCCAAAAGCACAUCUCCAGGAAGAAAAGGACAACUGAAUGACAGCGUCCCCACAUCACCCAAGGCUUCCUUUGUAGGGCUAAAUGAGUCACCAUCAUCUCACAUUAACAGUCCCUCAUCAUCAUCACCCCCCAAAAGCCAUAGCACCCCACAUGGUUGUCAAAAUGCUCAUGAGAAAAGACUGAAGACUCGCCUUCCAGUGGGACUCAAAGUUCUAAAGUCUCCCCAGUUGCUCAGGAAAAGUUCCACAGUCCCAGGGAAACACGAGAAAGACAGUCUAAAUGAAGCCUCUAAAAGUUCUGUGGCUGCGAGCAAGUCGAAGCAAGAGGACUCUGGGACUCCAACAAGCAUGGAGACCCCAGGGGAUGAAAGAAACGUGAAUGUGUCUCCACUGGGUUUCCAAGCAAAAGACAGUUUAGCUGAUGGGCUUUGCCUGGAAGUGGUACUGCCAGAGUCCCUUGAACAUAGUAUCCCUAGGGCUGAUGGAAGAGACGGCCAGGAAACCAGACCUGUGAAAAGAUCCCUUUCCUCCAGCAAGCCACACCUGAAACCAGCUCUUGGCAUGAAUGGAGCCAAAGCCCGCAGCCAGAGUUUCAGCAGCCACUCAGGAGAUAAGCCUUCCACUCCCCCUAUGGAAGGGCCAGGCAAAGUCCGAACUCAGAUUAUUACCAACACUGCUGACAGACGCAAUUCUCUCACCCGGCAGAACUCCUCCACGGAAGGCUUUUCCAACAGGACUCCGUCCACCCCAGUGGUGGAGAGCCUUCCAGAUGCCGGGAAGCCCCAGGGGCAUCUUCCCUCCAGGCAAGGGUCUCUGGGGAGCACAGGCAGCUCCAGUAGCCAGCACGGGAGCCCCAGCAAGUUGCCUUUGAGGAUCCCCCCCAAACCCGAAGGGCUCCUCACCCCUCCUGGAAUGGAGGAGCAGCCAGCCUCCGCCCAGGGAGAAUGGCCCAGUGUGGCCCUGCCUGAGGAACCAGGUCAUGGCCACUGCGGGUGCCCCCUGACCCUAACAGACUGCCCACAAGUCAUGCAGAGCCCAGGGAGAACACAGUGUCCAAGCAGUUUUGAAACAGGCAGGACACCCAAGCUAGAAACUUCUGGAAGGCAUCCAGAGGCCUCUGUGACCACGACAGGUGCUGUGAGCCCAGAAGCCCCCCUCCCACCCACAAUCGAAGAAAAGGUCAUGCUGUGCAUUCAGGAAAAUGUGGAAAAGGGCCAAGUGCAAACAAAGUCCACCUCUGUGGAAGCCAAGCCGAAGCCCGGGCCUUCUCUCGCCAGCUGGUUUGGGUUUCGGAGGAGUAGGCUUCCAGCUCUCAGCAGCAGGAAAAUGGACGUCUCCAAAACCAAAGUGGAAAAGAAAGAUGCAAAAGGGUUGGGGUUUGGAAACAAACAGGUAAAAUUGGAGGAAAAAAGAGAAAGAAAGAAGCCUGAACUACAGUGUGCGAUAGAAAACGAGCCUAACCGGGAGCCUGAGGCUACAGAUGGCUGUGAUGGUGCUUUACAAAGCAAAAAUAAUCUGAAGACACCACAGGACUUUUACAACCAAAUGAAGUGUGAACCGAGAAAUAGACCCAGCCCAGUUAUGUGUUCAUCAAAAGAUACUUUUAUGACGGAACUUUUGAACAGAGUUGAUAAGAAAGCAGCUCAACAGACAGAAAGUGGAUCAAAUAAUGUCUCCUCCAGAAGUAUGUUAAAGGGCAGUUCCCAGAGCUCCUGUCUUACCAGCAGCUCCAUCAGCACCCAAGGAAGCCACAAGAAAGACAUCAAAGCCAUUAUGGGAAUACCGAAAGACUCCCUAAUAAAAGAGGCGAAUAAGAACUUGCAAGAGGAUGAAGAAGAUACAAUUGCUGAUUCCAGAUUUCAGAGCCACAUCAUAGAAUCCAGCUGCCAGAUGAGAACGCUGGACAGUGGGAUCGGGACCUUCCCUCUCCCAGACCCGGGGACUCGCUCCAUGGGACGGUACCUGUGCACACCGGACUCCUCAGAGGACGCGGCGCCCGUCCUGCCUCUCCAGCCAGCCCUUCCAGCAGCUUCCGCCAUCAGAGCCCAAACCCUUGAACGAGAAGUGCCUUCCUCUGCAGACAGCCCUGCAGAAAACACCAUGGUUCAUUCCACCUCCGACCCCAUCAUGACUGCCAGAGUGGGGCGGCCUCUUCAAAGCCGCCUCCCCAAACCAGCCUCCUCAGGAAAAAUCAGUUCUCAAAAGCAGAAUGAAGCAGAGCCAAGGCCUCGGGCUUGCCCACUGUUUGAAUUUGCUGAAACCCUGAGGGUGAGAGAGCCUCUUCCAGCCUGGGCUCGUGAAGACGCUGCCAGUGAUACCCAGAAAUUGAAACAAGUUGAAGAAACAAAAGAAGAUCCUGAGAAUAGAUUAUCUAAAAUUUCCCCGGAGUCAUUCAAUAAAUUUAACAGCAAUACCGUGAUUUUAUUAGAACAAGAGGACUCUCUGAACAAGGUUGAAGGACAAAAAGAACAAAAAGAAAAAAAUGAAGAAGCAUCUUUGAGUAACUCAGAUAGGCAUGGGGUAGACAAUUUGGAAUCUUUGAGUGAUUCUUUAUAUGAUAGCUUCUCUUCCUGUGCAAGUCAGGGUUCAAAUGAUGUAUAAAGGACUUUUUUUUCUUACUGAGCUGGAAAGGGAGCACUUAAGAAACUGGGGUGGAGCAGCAACAAUAUUCUAUCUAAUAAACACCAGAGCCUACCUUUUCAGAUUCAUGGUAGGCCACCCACUAGAGCGCAUUGUCACAGCAAUAAAGAUACACUCCAUUUGUUGUGUUUCUUGAAGAUUAAAAGCAAACACACCCAUGACACGGAAAAGUCUUAAUUUUGCACUUUUUUUGAAUACUUGUACAGAAGUUGUAAAUGUUUUGGAAAAAGAGAUUAUAUUUGUAGUUAAAAGAAAAUGACAGCAAUAAAUUGACUCACUGCCAUGCUCUUGAAAUGAUGUACUAAGUCUAAGAAGUUGAUAAUAUAUUUUUUAAAAAGUUCCACUAAAGUUUUAAGUUCAUUGUCCUAACCUAAAAUACGGCCUGCCGAAAAACCACAGAAAUCACCACAAUCUCCAUCUCACAGUCUUGAUUUGAUAUAAAUUCUAAUUCUAGUGCAAUUUCAAAAUUGUUGCCAGAGAGAUUCAGGUUCUAGUAAUAAGUGUAAUUCUGCUUCUAUGGAAAAAUGAAAGGGGUACUGAAGUGUGACACUGAGAGGAAGGGAUGUGUAUCAGAAAUGACCUUACUGUAUUUCCAGGAGCAGGUUUUCCCUCCAAACAUUUUCUUACAUCCUCUUCUACUAAGUGUUUCUCUAUAAUUCUGAAUAUUAUUUUUUCAUUUUUAUCUUCCUGCUUUUUAUUCAAAUCUAGGCAAUCUAGAAAUAAAAGCAAAUUCCUAUUUGCAAUAUUCACUUUUUUAAAAAAUGGUUGGUGCUAUGAAAAAUUCUUACUUUUUAAAAUCCUUUUUUCUACAAAGACUGCUUAUGUGUAAGGAUAAAUUCUAUUUCAAAGGUUUUGUGUAUUUUUUCUAGAUGUGAACUAUUUAUAAUUGCUUUUGUACAGCAACUUGUAAACUAGGCAUAAUAAAUAUUUUUAGGAUCUAUAUGGUUACUUUAGCACACACUUGUUUCUUUAAAGAGUAUUGUACGAUCAGUGUUAUUUGGUUAAUUUGUGCAAUUGUUAUAUUUGGAUUUUGUUGUCUUAAAUGAAAAUUA